CCAGAGGACCGAUCGAGAGCAGCUGAAAUGCAAUAUAUCGUCAGCAGUGCAGUGGAGAAAGGUAGGCUGUGCACAUUUCCUCUAUAGGUCGCAGGUGCAUGCAAAGCCUUGCUAGUCUUGGCCUGAACACAAGAGAGAUAUUACGAGACAGCCAUGCCAGAGAGACGCCCUGUGGCAUUCGCGCAAUUUCAUCGCCAUCCGGAGUAGUUCUAGCCAUAGCAGGGCUACUGAGCAUUCGGUGAGACAGACAUGAAAAUUAACUCGGCUGGUUCUUCAAGAUGCGCAUUUCGUUUCGCCUCCUGCAGUCGUCGACACAACAGAUCUUCAGAGAUUUGAAGAUCCCAGUCUUUGAAGCUGGGCAACCGGAAUAUGAGCGGUUGAUCGCAACCUCGAACCGCUUGUUUCGCUUCUCGAGACCUGAUUGCGUGGUUCAGCCCGAGACCGCCGAUCACGUCCGUAACAUAAUCAAAGAGGCGCGGUCGAAGAAUCUCGAUCUCACUAUCAAAUGCAACGGCCAUUCUUAUGCGGGACACUCCACUGCAUUCAAAGGCGUGUCCCUGGAUCUGAGGAGGAUGAACCAGGUAAAACUGGAUAUGGGAUCGACGACCAAGAUCGUUACCAUGGACGCUGGUUGCCAAUGGGGCCAUGUGUACGGGACACUCAUCAAUGGUGGACACGACGGGUUCAUCAUCAACGGUGGGCGAUGUCCCACCGUGGGUGUGAGUGGCUUCAUUCUCGGCGGUGGACUUAGCCCUUUCACCCGUAGCUUCGGAAUGGGAUGCGACACUCUCGCGGAAGCAACCAUGGUGACUGCAGAUGGUGAUCUGGUUACCGUUGGGGAGACCGACGACCCGAGAUCCAAAGAAGGCAGGCUGUUCUGGGCCCUCCGUGGUGCAGGCGGGGGCAAUUUUGGCGUUGUAGUCCAGAUGAAGUUGAAGGUCAAGAAACUGCAAAAUAGAUUCAGAACCGUAGUUGCAGGGAGGUAUCAGUGGUUCCCCGAAGGAGGAUUCUCCGACAAGGUCAUCGCCACGAUGAAUGACUUCUACACAGCCACAUGGCCCAAUAACAUCACCAUUGAUAGUACCUGGAUGUGUGAUCUGCGAAACGGCAAUUCGUCCGACGGAAUCCGGUUUACAAUGGCCUUUGACGGCACCAAGUCGAAGUACGAAAGCGUGAUCGACGAGCAUAUCCAGCAUGAAGACCUCAAUGUCCAACUCAAGCGAAGAGCGCUACCCGAAAAGUCGACGCGUUUCCUCUACGAGACCCUCGUCAACCAGUGGCUGGAGGAGACAGAACGGGCAUACCCUACGAACAAAAGCUACGAGCUCUAUAGCUCCUUUAUUUUUAAGAACGACAGCAGGGAAACCAUCGAAAAAGUCACCGGCAUCAUUCGUGAUUUGAUGGCAGAGUUUAGGAGGAUCUUUCCUGGGGAACAGGUCAACUUCCUGGUGACUUGGAUUCAUUCCGGCGGCAAGGCAACGGAAAAGAAGCCGACCGAGUCGGCCUUCUUCUGGCGCGAGGCCGUCUUCCAUACAUAUAUCACCAUAGAGUGGAUGGAUAAAUGGAUGGAGAGGGAUAUGAGGCGCUUCCUAGCCAAGACCAAGAAGAAGCUGAGGCCGCUUUCUCUCAACGGUGAGGCCGCCUUCGUCAAUUUCCCCGACCGAGACUUCCCAGCGAAAUUUUACGAGAGGGCCUAUUUCGGUGACAAUUGCGACGAACUACGGCGCGUGAAGGAGAUUUGGGACAAGGAUAACUUCUUCAAGUUUGCUCAGGGUGUCCGCCGUCCAGGGGACCCGGCGGAAGAUGCAGACGAUAUCGACGAGGAACUGAAGACUGACAAGCUCGCAAAUGAACAAUGGGAACAUUAUAGAACUAGCAACGUUACCAAAGAUUUGCAGCAGAUGGCUCAGUGGUUUUGAAAGCAAGAAGGGUUUGGUUGCACUUUUCAUCCAGUCGACAAAGGUUACAAGCUGUUACCCUGUCCUCGAAAUCAGUGCGCUCAUCUGGACCUUCGGCUCCAGUAACAGGACAUCGAAAGGUUCUAUCGAGAGUGCUGGGAAAUAUUGU